AUGCUGACGCUUUGGAUAGUUGCCCUUCUCCUGCUGGGCACCACCACAGGAAAACAAGUAUGCUUUGAGGAUAUCGGGUGCUUCACAGAUGAAAAGCCCUGGGCUGGCACCCUAGAGAGGCCACUCAAAGUUUUACCCUGGAGUCCUGAAAAGAUCAACACACGCUUUCUGCUCUACACCAAUGAAAACCCCAACAAUUUUCAAAUUCUUAUUCCAUCGGACCCAUCAACAAUCGAGGCUUCGAACUUCCAAACAGACCGAAAGACCCGUUUCAUCAUCCAUGGCUAUUUAGACAAAGGAGAAGAAAAUUGGUUGUCAGACAUGUGCAAGAACAUGUUCACGGUGGAGGAGGUCAACUGCAUCUGUGUGGACUGGAGGAAAGGCUCCCAAACGGAAUACACCCAGGCAGCGAACAACAUCCGGGUCGUGGGCUCUCAAAUGGCUCAUUUCAUUGAUGUCCUUUCUACCACCUUUGGAUAUUCUCCUUCUGAUGUCCACAUCAUCGGCCACAGUAUGGGAGCUCAUGCUGCCGGAGAGGCUGGAAGGAAGACAGAUGGCCUGGGGAGAAUCACUGGAUUGGAUCCGUCUGAACCUUGCUUCCAAGAUACUCCAGAGGAAGUACGACUAGAUCCUAGUGACGCCAAGUUUGUUGAUGUGAUUCACACGGAUUCCGCUCCCAUGAUCCCCAACAUGGGUUUGGGGAUGAGUCAGGCUGUGGGACACUUAGACUUUUACCCAAAUGGAGGAAAAGAGAUGCCGGGAUGUAAGAAGAAUAUCCUUUCCACGAUUGUGGAUAUAGAUGGACUUUGGCAAGGAUCUCGUGACUUUGUGGCCUGUAAUCACUUACGAAGCUACAAGUAUUAUUCUGAGAGCAUCAUCAACAAUGAUGGCUUUACUGCCUACCCCUGUGACUCCUACUUGACUUUUAAAUCCAAUAAGUGCUUCCCAUGUCCAAAUGGAGGAUGUCCUCAGAUGGGUCACUAUGCUGAUAAAUUUGCUGGAAAAAAUAAUGAAGAUGGCAAGAAGUUCUUUUUGAACACAGGAGAGGACAGUGAUUAUGCUCGUUGGAGAUAUGAAGUAAAUGCCACUCUGUCUGGGAGAAUGGUUACAGGACAGAUUAAAGUUGCUUUCUAUGGGAGGAAUGGAAACACAAGACAGUAUCACAUUUUCAGGGGAUUGCUCCUACCAGGUUCUACUCAUUCCAAUGAGUUUGAUGUCGAGCUUAAUGUUGGAACAAUUGAAAAAGUGAAAUUUCUUUGGAAUAACGACGUGAUAAAUCCAACCUUCCCUAAAGUGGGAGUGUCAAAGAUCUCGGUCCAAAAUGGAGAAGAUGGAGCAGUGCAUGAUUUCUGCAGCACCGAAACAGUGAGAGAAGAUGUUCUGCUCACACUCUUACCUUGUUAACUAGAAACCAAAAUCUUGCUG